CUUGUUGUUCCCGCAGAGAGGCGAGAAGAUGGCGGCCGUGUCAAGCGGAGGUGCUGCUGGGUCCCCUGCGGUCGGGAUUACGCACUCUGCCCGACCGACCCAUGCAGGCAUGGGCUCCCAGAACAGAGCCCAGCCGUCCUCCGGGAUGAGUCGCGCCGGCACGGCCGCUGGCUGCAUCACCAGCCCCGUCCAGUCUUCGGUCACCAGGCCCCCCCCAGCCCGUGUGGGCCACUAUGAGAUCGAGCGGACCAUCGGCAAGGGAAAUUUCGCGGUUGUUAAACUAGCCACACACAUCAUUACCAAAGCAAAGGUGGCGAUUAAAAUAGUGGAUAAAACCCAGCUGGAUGACGAGAACCUGAAAAAGAUCUUCAGAGAAGUCCAAAUUAUGAAGUUGUUGAAGCACCCUCACAUCAUCCGCCUUUAUCAGGUGAUGGAGACUGAAAGGAUGAUAUAUCUGGUGACAGAGUAUGCUAGCGGUGGUGAGAUAUUCGAUCACCUGGUGGCUCAUGGGCGUAUGGCUGAAAAGGAUGCAAGAAAGAAGUUCAAGCAGAUUGUGGCAGCAGUUCAUUUCUGUCACUGCCGCAGCAUUGUGCACAGAGACUUGAAGGCAGAAAAUCUGCUUCUCGAUCACAACCUCAACAUCAAAAUUGCAGAUUUUGGUUUCAGUAACCUUUUUUCAAGAGGCCAGUUGUUGAAAACGUGGUGUGGUAGCCCUCCAUAUGCCGCCCCAGAACUCUUUGAGGGCAAGGAGUAUGACGGACCUAAAGUAGAUAUAUGGAGCUUAGGUGUGGUGUUGUACGUGUUGGUGUGUGGAGCUCUGCCUUUUGAUGGCAGCACUCUUCAGAAUUUACGGGCCCGCGUGCUCAGUGGCAAGUUUCGCAUCCCCUUCUUCAUGUCCACAGACUGUGAGUACUUGAUCAGACACAUGUUGGUUCUGGAGCCCACCAGACGAUUGACCAUGGAGCAGAUUUGUAAGAAUAAGUGGAUGAGACAAGGUGACCCGGACCCAGAAUUCGACAGGUUGAUAGCAGAGUGUGAGCAGGUGAAGACUGAGAGGGAGACGGAGCUCAUCAAUGAUCAGGUGCUGUUGGCCAUGUCUGAAAUGGGCUUGGACAGAGAACGGACCAUGCAGUCCCUACAAACAGAUGCGUAUGAUCACUAUAGUGCCAUUUACAGUUUGCUGGCAGACCGCCUCAAGAAACACAAAACUCUUCGUGUUGCUCCUCCUACACCACGCUCCAUUAGUUUUCCCCUCAAUGCUGUGCAGCAAACGGAUCAGCAGGGUAAUCCAGUUAGCAUGACCGUUCCACAUGUCCAGCUCAUUAACCCAGAGAACCAGAUUGUUGAGCCGGAAGGUAACAUGGCAUUAGACAGUGAUGAAGGAGAGGAGCCAUCUCCCGAGGCCAUGGCUCGCUACCUUUCAAUGAGGCGGCACACUGUGGGAGUACCAGACCAAAGGACAGAUAUGCAGGAGGACCUGCAGAAACUCCCACCAGGUUUCCCUCGUGGCACCAUGCACCAGCCCCCCUUCCCAUCACUUGCUCCAAAUAUGGGCCAAAUGCACACACUCAUGCCCACACAGAUCCUGCAGCCCACACAACAGCUGGAGUACAAGGAGCAGUCACUGCUGCAGCCCCCAACUCUGCAACUGCUCAACGGUAUGGGCCCUCUGGGUCGAAGGGCUUCCGAUGGUGGGGCAAAUAUUCAGCUCACUGCACAGCUUCUCAAGAGGCCCCGGGGGCCUUCUCCACUUGUAGCCAGCCCACACCCUAUCCCUGCUGUUGCUCCGGUGGAUGAGGAGGGUUCAGAUGGAGAGCCAGACCAAGAGGCAGUACAGAGGUACCUGGCGAACCGCUCCAAGCGGCACACGACGCACGCGCUAAUGAGCACUUCGCAUGGCGAGCCCUCGGCAGAGUCACAGCGGCCCCAGGGCCCUCGCCAGAGGGGGGUUUGGGCCCCCGACACAUACACCCGAUCCAGCUAUAAGGAUUGUAACACCCUUCAUCUCCCCAUGGAGCGCUUUUCACCUGUGAGGCGAUUCUCUGAUGGUGCUGCCACAAUCCAGGCCUUCAAAGCCCAUUUAGAGAACAGCAGCCUCAUUAAGCAACUCAAGCAGGAGUGUGAACAGCUUCAGAAAAUGUACGCUGCUCCACAGGAUGAGCGACUUUUGGAGCACACCCAGCAACAGCAUAUUCUGUACCAGCAAGAACAACAAAUACUCCACCAGCAAAUCCAGGGUCUGUCUUUAGGCCAUGGAGAGAGCCAGCCGAGUCACCUAACCAACCAGCUGCAGAGGUUGCACAUUCAGCCCUCUAGCCCACCGCCAACACAUCCCAGCAACCACCUCUUUAGACAGCCCAAUCAGAGCCCUCCGCCUGGCUCUGCAGGCAUAUUGCAAGGGCAUGGUCCGUCAUCAGUGCAGUAUCGACACGGUGCACCUUCACUCUUCCAGGGCCAGACUGUCAGCCCACCUCAGACAGGCCUGCCUCGGGUUUCCCUACCAACCAGUCAACAGGCAGGAUCUCCCUGCCCAACUGUACCAAUAGCACAGGGUGUACCCUCACAGCAGCAGGUAACCAUUCAGGUGCAGGAAGUGGAACUGGGAGGAGCGGCACAGAGACAAGGUGGCUUUUUGUCUACACCAUGUGGACACAGAGUCCUUGGGAAGCAACUGAGUGCAGACAAUGCUGAAACGCACAGUCGUAGCCUUGGCCGCUUCUCAUCGGGUUAUGAACAGGCCCAGUUCAAUCCCCACCCCUUCUCUGCUGAUGCAGCUUCACGGGGCACCUCUGGAGUGGUUGCUGCCUACAGCCCCUACCUGCAGGGGGCAUCCCUCAAAGUGCCCUGCUUGGAAGGUUAUCAGACCGGACCAGUGGGAGCCAGCAGCUAUGGUAGCCCUUCAACACUACAGCAGGCCCUGCUUUCCCCGACUCCAUUGGACUACCGCCCCCCACAACAGCACGUCACCCCGACUCUCCAGGGCCUCCUUUCUCCCCGUCACUCUUUAACAGGCCAUGCUGACCUCAGGCUGCCUCCCCAAGACCUGGCUGCUCUACUGAAGAGACAGAGCCCCCGACAGGGCCCGGCACCCCCCACACCACCCAGCACUGGGCCCCAGGAGUAUGGAGACAUGCUGCUUCUCCGCCAGCUGAGUCCGGCUGAGACCUUGGAACCACCCACACAGCAGGGUGCAUCUGGAGGCCAACACUAUCACCACCUCCUCCAAAUCCGACCACCAGAGGUUCAACCUCAACAGCACACAGCCCAAGCUACAUGCCCCACUUUGCCCCACUCAGAAAGCAUGGAGGAGGAUGAAGUGCCCGCUGGGUACCAACACGCACAUGAUGGUCUGCUGGCCAAGGCAGGUGAAAAUCAUGAGCUCCUGGGUCCUCCUCAUGGAGACACUCCUUCCUACAGCUCCCCGACCCACCGGCAUGGCUACAUAAGGAGUGGUUCUUCAACAAGAGAAGCUGAGCAAGUGGAGUGCAGGGCCCCAGGGCAGGCCAUGGAAGUGCCUGAUCAUAAUGGUGUGGGUUUUUCGAGAGGUUCCCAAGGUGACGCCUAUAGGUCCCGUGGACAGCUACAGCGCCACCACACCAUCCAGACCUGUGAUGACGCUUAUGAUCAGGCAGAACCUAUGUCUGGAAUGAGUUUAUUGGCUGGGAAGGCUCUUAGUUCUGCUCGUAUGUCGGACAUUCUCAGCCAGACAUCGCUGACAGGAAGUCAGCAGCUUCACCAGCGAGAAGAUUCGGCAUGUGAUGUGGAAGGAGAGAUCCAUGCUGCAGCAUGCUACCCCUUGUCCUGCACCACGGACAUGCUCCUCAGCUACAAACCCCCUGACCUGCAGUACAGCAUGGAGCAGGCUGGGGUCUAGCACAGGAGGGGUGUAUAUCCUGUGCACAGCGAUCCAUAUCAGCCAUACUGAGUUGUGUUGACUUGAGUUGAGCAGCAUCACAAGCAGCAUCACACCAAACACCAUCAUCUGCCCAAGCGGGUGCGCUCUAUGUCCAUCUGUCUGUUUCCAUCUGACCCCAGGAUGGCAGGCUGUAUGACAGAAGGGGAGGAGUGGGUGGGGCAAGAUGUACACAGGUCGGGGUCACAGAAAAGGCCAUGGGGUUAAAAACGUCAAAGUACCAGCAUUUUCUGCACAGACAUCCAGCAUUCAUCGCCAUGGAAUGUCACUUCUCACAUCAAAGAAUCAUCAUUUGUAGAUUCGGAGGAUCUGCUUCUCCCUCAUUCAACAUGGUCCAAACCCUCAACCCACCCCACCUCCUCCCAAAUGCCACUCUGACCUAAAAGUCUCCCCUUUCACCUUUGAUCCCUAACUGCUGACACGCUUCAUUGUGUGCCUCCUUGGCCUAAGGCAUCUCGACAGUCACGCUUGCAGGAGCAUGGAACCACAUGUACAUUCUACAGCCACAAACCCAAAGUAUUCACAUUAGGAGUGUGUGUCUGAAAGCGGACUGGGGUGGAGCAAAGGUGUAUGCAUGAGUUUCAGUGUGUUCCUGCUGCUGUCCUGCAGCAGAUCACUGUGGAGUGGAUUGUAAGCUCAGUCAGGCUGUGCAGCGGGCCCUUUGGGUGGGUUUAGGUCCUCUGUCUCCAAAGAUGGAGCUCUGUGAGAGCACACAGGACAAACCAGCUGUGUGUGUGUGUGUGUGUGUGUGUGUGUGUGUGUGUGUGUGUGUGUCCUUCCUUCCUCAUUCUGUUUUCUUUUUCCUUGUUUUACAUUUAAUUUUAAACUUGUUUUUAUGGAGAAUGUCCAUGUAGGCAUUAUGGUCAAUAUUAUUACUCUUAUCGCUGAUACCGUUUCCAUGAUUAUUAUUGUUAUUAUUAUUAAAAGAGAAAUAGUUUUGUGUUGAGGAAGAAAGGAUUUUUUUAUUUGCAUAAGUCUGCACUUUCAGUUCAAGCUAUGUUUUUUCCAGACCUCCGUGCUUCUCUCCUCACACUUCUUCGUGCUCUCUUGCCCUCCUUUUCAGUUCCACCCUCAUCCCCAUUCUUCUCACCUUUUCUCCAUCUUUCAUAACCUCUUACCAUUGUCUGUGACAGUGUGUUGCAUGGUGGGUAAUUUUACCGGACAUUUGCUCCUUUCCUUGUACAGUGAUACCAUGUAUAGAAUGCUCUUGGAAUUUUUUUUUUUUUUUUACAUUUUGUUUGUAGAUGUUGUCUGGGAGGAUUUUUACAUUGGUGUUGUUUUAUCAUUUGUCUUUGAAUAUUUUUGUGUUUAACGAUUAUUGAAAUUUCUAACCGAAAGACAACAGAAAAGAGACGGCGCUCUUCCUGUUGUAAAAGAUUGUUUUAUUUGUUUUGAUAUUCUAUCAACACUUGAACAAGUGGAAAUGAAUUUUGUUGCUUUUUAAACUAUCAUUUCAACUGUCGAUGUUGUGGCUGUCAUUCUUGUUGAUGUUAAUGGUGUAGCUGCGGCAAGACAUACAGGGUCAGGGUUUGGGCUUUGUCUGAAUUGGUUUGGAUGCUGCAAAGUCUUGACACUUUAAAAAACAGAGAAUAACUUGUAAAAUAGCUGACAUAUCAUCCUCAACAUGACUGUGUGGAGAUGGACAAACACACUUGUUUUUCUCUCGCUGCCCUACCUAUCGUCUGUGACCCUCACAUCAUUUUUAACUGUAUCAGCUUCCGAUUUGAUGACGCCUUACCAACGCGGCUCUUCUUUUUGAGUUAUGUCUUGUUGCUACAGCAGCCACGGACAAAACUGCAACUCAAAUCCACCCCAGUUUUCAUUUUUGCCUUCAUUUGAAAGCGGACUCGAGACAACAAAUGUGGGGAAGCAGCAAAGGAAAAAAAAAAUUGAACCUGGAAUAUUUUGUGGCAUGCGUCUCCUGCCAUUGAGCCAUGAGGUCACCACCCCAUACCUCCCCCCCCAAACACUUGUUUUUGUUUUUUUAAACCUCUGUUUGCUGUGUUUCCUUGUGCAUUUGAAAAGGAGCCUGUGGUUGCUUCAUGAAGAGCAGAAGGACCCUGUUGGAGUUGGUAACAACUAGGCAUCCCUCCAAACCAUAAUGGGUAUGCCUACCCUAAACAUGCUUAACGUGAUGUGGACUUGGUUUCCUAAGCUGAGUCGGGCUGGUGCUCUGCUGCAUUAGGGACCACCAAGAAAGGACUGAAGAGAUCCAGGAACUGUUAGCACACCCCUUUUAAUUUUAUUGUAUGUCCUUUAUUUAUCCUCCUAUAUACAGUGUUCCUGAUUGUAUAUCAGACCAGCCAGAGACUGUGGUGUAAAGAAAAAAGUUCCAGGUCCACUUACCUUUGUUUAUAUAGGUCAAAUUUCGCAAUGCCUGGCUGCACGGAUGACAUGAACCCCUAACUGUAUUGUAUGCUAUAAUGCUAUAUAACUCUGAGAGCUGUUAAUGGUGUGAUGCAGCCCCUCUGCUUUCAAUUUGCAUCAUGCCACUUCCUAUUUAACAGCAUUCACUCCUCAGACCCUGAUUAGGUUGAGUUUGAUUAAUCUGUUGGUUGGUCCCAAGAGACAGCAGUAAAGACUAAAACGCAACAGACUUAAAUUUCCUUGACCUGAUGUGUUUUCUGCCAUCUUCCUUAAGUCCUGCUGUAGUGGAGAUACACAUCUGACCUACGAUUAGCUCCUCAAUGCGUUUCUGCCAGCAGAGGCUGAGUCUGAUUGGGUAGAUUAAAUAUUUCUCUGGACCUCGUUUUGUCUUAAUGGUCGUGGUUUACACCAAGCCAAAGUGCAGAUUUUAAGAGGGGGAUCCUGAUCCUCCACGUUGUCUAAUUUUGAGUAUGGUGUCAGAGCUGUCGGCGGGUUUGUGUUGGUUAAAGAUCAGAGGCACGUGAAUGGAAAGCACUGCCUGAUCAGACUCACCUCAUGUUCAGUCCAAACUCUUCUAUCAUCCCUUCUGCCUGUCUGCUUUUUCUCUUAAUCCCAACAUCCCUCUUCAGCAAGCUUGCUGUCUACUUUACGUUUUGCCUCUCCCCCCCAAAAGUUAUUUUGUCUCAUUUGUUUUGUUUCUUUUUGUUGAGUACAGAAAUACUAAAGUGCAAGAAAAACGACUAAAAAGAAUAUCAACCAAACUGAGAUGAAUAAAUAUAUAUAAAUAAAGACAGUUUGAAAAGG